CCGCCGACACAAAAGACUUUGCUCCUCAUGUGGGUCGUCAUUUUUUUUGUCGUUUGACUAGAACGUUCAAAGUCCUAGCAUGCCGGCGGGAGCUGCAGAACAAGACAACGGCAAAGCGUCGAGUUCCAAAACGCUUGCGCUGACCGUGUGCUCGGCCGCCAUUGGUGGCACCUUCCAAUAUGGAUACAAUCUUUCCAUCAUUAAUUCUCCCACCAGUUACAUCCAGAUGUUCAUCAAUGAUACCUACACAGAACGCAGUGGGUCAAGCUUGGCGACCACUCACGUGACUCUGGUUUGGACUCUUAUAGUGUCAGCGUUUUCACUUGGAGGUCUCCUCGGGGCUUUGCUAGCCGGUCCAAUGGCGGUCCGCCUCGGAAGGAAGAAUUCGCUACUUUUUAACAAUUUAUUUUUGUUUCUUGGGGGGUUAUUUUUUCUUCUGUGUAGGGUCGCCAGAUCAUUCGAGAUGAUCAUCUUGGCUCGGUUCCUGGUGGGGAUUAAUUCAGGGGUCAGUAUGAAUAUCCAGCCGAUGUAUUUCGGGGAAAGCGCCCCUAAACAUCUCCGGGGCGCUGUGGCGUUUUCUUCUGCUGGCUUCACCGCAUUAGGGAUCUUCUCAGGUCAAGUUGUGGGACUGACGGAAGUGUUGGGAACAGAACCUCUCUGGCACUACUUACUAGCCAGCAACAUGCUUCCAGGGUUGAUCCAGGUGCUGACGCUACCCUGGUUCCCGGAAAGCCCUAGAUAUCUUCUCAUCGACAAGGGGGACAAGGAAGCUUGCGUCCGGGCACUUGAACGUCUCCGUGGCGGCGUAGCUCCCACUUCAGAAAUGAAGGAGAUGCUCGAAGAACAGCAGAUGUACACUAAUUCCAAAUCGACAGGAGCUGCCAAGACACCCUGGUCGCUUUUUAAGGAUCCUGACCUACGAUUUCAACUCCGGACUGUCAUGAUGGCGAGCAGUUCCAUGAUGCUCUGCGGGAAUGACUCCAUCUACUCCUACGCGUCCUACAUCUUCCUUCAGGCGAACAUCCCCGCUGAUAAAAUCCAAUACGCCACCAUCGGCACAGGGGCAUCUGAAUUGACUGCUUCCAUCCUGAGCAACCUCCUGAUUGAACGAGUUGGUCGCAAGUGUCUCCUGGUUGGCGGCUACGCUCUUAUGUCGUGCUGGUCCAUCGUCUUCACUGUCGCCCUCACGCUCCAAAAACAAGGAUUCGAAGGAAUGCCUUACCUCAGCAUGGCGUGUGUGUUCGCCUACAUCCUCAGCUUCGGCUUAGGCCCGGCAGGCGUGACCGGCGUGCUGCCCGCGGAGAUUUUUGACCAAUCAGCUCGGCCGGCAGCUUAUAUGGUCGCCGGAUCGCUCAUGUGGCUCAGUCUGCUCCUGGUGGGGAUGAUUUUUCCAUUCAUGGUCAAGGGUCUGGGUAAUUUUUGCUUGCUGCCGUUCUUUGCUGUGUGUUUACUGUCGGCCGUGCUUUUGGGGAUCACGUUCCCUGAGACCAAAGGCAAGAGCCUGGCUGAGAUCACGGCAAAGUUUGAUAAAAAAAAUGGACGGAUAAGAGAGCCUGGUGAGGAAAGAGGAGGAGGUGGAUAAGUUAUGAUGAAUCUGGUUAUUGUGAUACAAAUUGUCAAAAAUUAAUUAAAUUAAACUAAUCUUUUGAACAAUAAACUCCAAGACAGAAUGAAUGAAAUUAUUGUACACUUAAAUGAAAAACAAUAAAUACAAAAUGUCAACUUGGCACCGUGCUACCAGCUGGGAAUAAUUUUUAUAUUAUUUGAUGGCAAUAAACUGUCUAACUAAGCAAUUUA